CGCCUCCGGAUCCCGAUGGCCGGGGCCUGGCUCAGGUGGGGGCUGCUGCUCUGGGCAGGGCUGCUGGCGUCGUCGGGGCCCAGCGGUCUGCGGAGGAUCACGUACGUGCUGCGCCCCGGGGGGGGGCCCGGCUUGCCUCUGGGAAGACCCCCGCGCCCGCGGACCUUCAACGUCGUGCUGAACGCCGGCUACAGCCGCGCCUCGGCCGCCGGGCCCCCCUCCGAGCGGACGCGCCGUACCAGCCAGCCCGGGCUCCGGCCGCCGCCGCCUCCACCGCCGCCAGCGGAGCCCGCGCGCCCGGGGAGCCCCGGCCCGCAGCCGCAGCCCGAGCCCGGCGCGCACGCCGCCGCCAAGCGAGGCCGACACGUCGCGCGCUCCAAAGCCGAGACCCCGGGAGGCGGCGGCGGCGGCGGGGGCUCCGGGCUGCGGGGUCACCCCAAACAGCAGCUGCAGGGGGUCAAUAUCUGUGGAGGGCAGUGUUGCCAUGGCUGGAGCAAGGCCCCUGGCUCCCAGAGGUGCACCAAACCGAGCUGUGUCCCGCCGUGCCAGAAUGGAGGGAUGUGUCUCCGGCCUCAGCUGUGCGUGUGUAAGCCGGGGACAAAGGGCAAAGCCUGUGAGAGGACAACCGCCCAGGACACCUCACCGUCGGCCUUUGGGGGACAGCAUCCCGGGCCUCCCUCCUCGUGGGUCCCUCCCGAGCAAGUGGCAAAACAUACUUCGCCCAAGAAGGCCGACAGUCCACCGCGGGUCAGCCCAGUGGCCCAGAUGACCUUGACUCUCAAGCCGAAGCCUUCGGUGGGGCUGUCCCAGCAGAUACCUCCUCAAGUGGCACCCCUGUCCUCCGAGAAUGUGAUGAUUCAUCGUGGCCAGACCCAGGAAUAUGUCCUCAAGCCCAGAUACUUCCCAGCCCAGAAGGUGAUCUCAGGAGAGCAAUCCACGGAAGGCUCGUUCUCUUUACGAUACGGGCAGGAUCAAGUCGCCACACCGUUUCAAGUGAGUAACCACACUGGCCGCAUCAAGGUGGUUUUUACUCCGAGCAUCUGUAAAGUGACCUGCACCAAGGGCAGCUGUCGGAACAGCUGUGAGAAGGGGAACACCACCACUCUCAUUAGUGAGAACGGCCAUGCUGCUGACACCCUGACAGCCACGAACUUCCGAGUGGUCAUCUGCCACCUUCCAUGUAUGAAUGGUGGCCAGUGUAGCUCAAGAGACAAAUGUCAGUGCCCUCCAAAUUUCACAGGGAAGCUCUGUCAGAUCCCAGUGCACGGUACCAGCGUCCCCAAGUUCUACCAGCAUUCCCAGCAGCCAGGCAAGGCACUGGGGACGCAUGUGAUCCACUCUACGCACACCCUGCCUCUGACCAUGACUAGUCAGCACGGAGUCAAAGUGAAAUUCCCCCCCAACAUAGUCAAUAUCCAUGUGAAACACCCACCUGAGGCUUCUGUCCAGAUACAUCAGGUCUCCAGAAUUGACGGCCCAGUGGCUCAGAAGGUCAAGGAAGCUCCGCCUGGCCAAUCCCAAGUCUCUUACCAAGGGCUUCCUGCGCCAAAGACCCAGACGGUGCAUUCCACGUCCUCCCGCCAGCAAGCUGCGCCUCACGUCUACCCUGUGGCUGCUAAGACACAGCUUGGCCGAUGCUUCCAGGAAACCAUCGGGUCACAGUGCGGCAAAGCGCUCCCUGGCCUUUCAAAACAAGAGGACUGCUGUGGGACAGUGGGCACCUCCUGGGGCUUUAACAAGUGCCAAAAAUGCCCCAAGAAGCCAUCUUACCACGGGUAUACUCCCAUGAUGGAAUGCCUACAAGGUUAUAAGCGGGUUAACAACACCUUUUGCCAAGAUAUAAAUGAGUGCCAGCUCCAAGGUGUGUGCCCUAAUGGUGAGUGCCUGAAUACCAUGGGCAGCUUUAGAUGCACCUGCAAAAUGGGAUUUGGACCAGACCCUACUUUUUCAAGUUGUAUUCCGGAUCCCCCUGUGAUCUCAGAGGAGAAAGGACCCUGUUACCGACUUGUCAGUUCUGGAAGACAGUGUAUACACCCUCUGUCUGUUCACCUCACCAAGCAGCUCUGCUGUUGUAGUGUGGGCAAAGCCUGGGGCCCACACUGUGAGAAAUGUCCCCUCCCAGGCACAGCUGCUUUUAAGGAAAUCUGUCCUGGUGGAAUGGGUUAUACGGUUUCUGGCGUUCAUAGACGCAGACCGAUCCAUCACCAUAUAGGUAAAGGAGCUGUGUUUGUCAAGCCAAAGAACACCCAACCUGUUGCUAAAAGUACUCACCCCCCACCUCUCCCAGCCAAGGAAGAGCCAGUGGAGGCCCUGACCUUCUCACGGGAACACGGGCCAGCAGUGGCGGAGCCCGAAGUGGCAACGGCACUCCCUGAGAAGGAGAUCCCUUCAUUGAAUCAAGAGAAAACCAAGCUCGAGCCCGGGCAACCCCAGCUCUCUCCAGGCAUUUCAACUAUCCAUUUGCACCCGCAGUUUCCAGUUGUGAUUGAAAAGACAUCACCUCCUGUGCCUGUCGAGGUCGCUCCAGAAGCUUCUACGUCAAGUGCCAGCCAAGUAAUUGCACCUACUCAAGUAACAGAGAUCAACGAAUGCACUGUGAACCCCGACAUCUGUGGGGCAGGACACUGCAUUAACCUGCCGGUGAGGUACACCUGCGUAUGCUAUGACGGCCACAGAUUCAGUGAGCAGCAGAGGAAGUGCGUUGACAUUGACGAAUGUGCUGAGGGGCCUCACCUCUGCUCCCAGGGGCGCUGUGAAAACACCAAGGGAAGUUUCCUGUGUAUCUGCCCAGCAGGAUUUAUGGCCAGCGAGGAGGGCACUAACUGCAUAGACGUGGAUGAGUGCCUGCGGCCCGACGUGUGUGGGGAGGGGCGCUGCAUCAACACCGCGGGGGCCUUCCGGUGCGAGUACUGCGGCCGCGGGCACAGGAUGAACCGGCGAGGCCGUUGCGAGGAUAUCGACGAAUGUCUGACACCAAGCACUUGCCCCGAGGAGCAGUGUGUGAACUCCCCUGGCUCAUACCAGUGCGUGCCCUGCACAGAAGGCUUCCGGGGCUGGAACGGCCAGUGCGUGGAUGUGGAUGAGUGCCUGGAGCCAAACGUCUGCAGAAAUGGCUCGUGUUCCAACCUCGAAGGCUCCUACAUGUGUUCCUGUGACAAGGGCUAUAGCCCGACGCCGGACCACAGACACUGUCAAGACAUUGAUGAAUGUCAGCAAGGAAACCUGUGCAUGCAUGGACAGUGCCAGAACUCUGAGGGCUCCUUCUGGUGCACCUGUGGACAGGGAUACCAGCUGUCAGCAGCAAAAGACCAGUGUGAAGAUAUUGACGAAUGCCAGCACCACCACCUCUGCUCUCACGGGCAGUGCCGGAACACAGAGGGAUCUUUCCAGUGCCUGUGCAACCAGGGCUACAGAGCAUCCGCGCUGGGAGACCACUGUGAGGAUAUCAACGAGUGUUUGGAGGACAGCAGUGUCUGCCAGGGAGGGGACUGCGUCAACACAGCAGGGUCCUACGACUGUACUUGUCCAGACGGAUUCCAGCUUAAUGACAACAAAGGAUGCCAAGACGUUAAUGAAUGUGAACACCCCGCACACUGUGGUCCCCAUGGCAAGUGUCUGAACACGCCCGGCUCUUUCCACUGUGUCUGCGAACAGGGCUUCUCCAUCUCCGCAGAUGGCCGGACAUGUGAAGAUAUUGAUGAAUGUGUGAACAACACUGUGUGUGACAGGCACGGGUUUUGUGACAAUACAGCUGGCUCCUUCCGCUGCCUCUGUUAUCAGGGCUUUCAGGCCCCACAGGAUGGGCAAGAGUGUGUGGACGUGAACGAGUGUGAGCUGCUCAGUGGCGUGUGUGGGGAGGCCUUCUGUGAGAACGUGGAAGGGUCGUUCCUGUGCGUGUGUGCCGACGAAAACCAGGAGUACAGUCCCAUGACCGGGCAGUGCCGCUCCCGAACCUCUGGAGAGACAGAGGUAGAUCAACCCAGAGAAGAAAGGAAAGAAUGCUACUACAACCUCAAUGACGCCAGUCUCUGCGACAACGUGCUGGCCGCCAACGUCACCAAGCGAGAGUGCUGCUGCACGUCGGGCGCAGGCUGGGGCGACAACUGCGAGGUCUUCCCCUGCCCUGUCCCGGGAGCCGCUGAGUUCACGGAAAUGUGCCCUAGAGGGAAAGGAUUCGUCCCUGAUGGAGAUUCCUCUUACGACACUGGUGGCGAGCAUUAUAAAGAUGCUGAUGAAUGCGCACUGUUUGGACAAGAAAUCUGCAAAAACGGCUACUGUCUGAACACUCAGCCUGGUUACGAGUGCUACUGUAAGCAGGGGACGUACUACGACCCGGUCAGGCUGCAGUGUUUUGAUAUGGAUGAAUGUCAAGACCCCAACAGUUGUAUUGAUGGCCAGUGUGUUAAUACUGAGGGCUCCUAUAACUGCUUCUGCUCACACCCAAUGGUCCUGGAUGCCUCAGAGAAGAGAUGUGUGCGACCCACUGAAUCAAAUGAGCAACUUGAAGAAACAGACGUGUACCAAGAUCUGUGCUGGGAGCACCUGAGCGAGGAGUACGUGUGCAGCCGUCCUCUGGUGGGCAAGCAGACCACGUACACCGAGUGCUGCUGCCUGUACGGCGAGGCCUGGGGCAUGCAGUGCGCCCUCUGCCCCAUGAAGGACUCGGAUGACUACGCCCAGCUGUGCAACAUCCCCGUGACGGGGCGCCGGCAGCCGUAUGGACGGGACGCCUUGGUGGACUUCAGUGAACAGUACGCUCCAGAGGCGGAUCCCUACUUCAUUCAGGACCGGUAUUUAAAUAGCUUUGAGGAGCUGCAGGCUGAAGAGUGUGGCAUCCUCAAUGGGUGUGAAAACGGCCGUUGUGUGAGGGUCCAAGAAGGUUACACCUGCGAUUGCUUUGAUGGUUAUCACCUGGACAUGGCCAAGAUGACCUGUGUUGAUGUCAAUGAAUGUGACGAGUUGAAUAACCGGAUGUCCCUCUGCAAGAAUGCCAAGUGCAUUAACACUGAAGGCUCCUACAAAUGCCUGUGCCUGCCAGGCUACGUUCCUUCUGACAAGCCCAACUACUGCACGCCCUUGAACACGGCUCUGAAGUUAGAAAAAGACAGUGACCUAGAGUGAAGGGCAAUCGACAUAACCUAAGUCCAUAUACUCUGCACCGUGUAAAGGAAAAGGGAGAAUGUAUUAUACUUGAGACGCUGCACCUAACCCAGAACGUUGGAAAUAGCACGGGGUUGCAUUAACUUCCAAAGACAAUGAGAGGAUUCCGCCUGAGCCUGAUAAGUGUGACAGACCAAAUGGACAUUUCUCUGAAAAAAAAAAUCCGUAUAUAUAGUCUGUUCAUAUGUAAAAUUCAGUGGAAAAGAGGCAGACCAGUGCUCUUAUUUUAAACAGAAGGUUGUAUUAUGAUGGUUUUGUUUGGUUUUGUUUUUGUUAUUUUUACUAUUGCUUAAGUUUGGCAUUUCAGUAAUGGUGGAAAUGUUUUAUAUAAUUUUCAGUUUUUUUGUUCCUUGGCUACUGUUUUCCCUCAGAUUUAAUCUCAAGGGCACAGGUCUUUGGUAGACGAUUGCUAAGCUGUAGUAAGUGUUAUGACAUGGGGUUCACUCCUCUUUUGACAUGGGGCUCGCUCCUCUUUUGGUCUGGAGCAAUUUUACAGCUGGCAUUGUCCUGUGGGACAGGCAGGGCUUGUCAAAACUUUUAUACAGAUUCGGAGAAAAGAAAGCUUUCUAUUUUGUGUAUUGUUUGAUUUCGUGUCCACUCUUAGCCAAGCUGCUAACAAGUGUCAUUUAAGUCCUUUUCUGAAAAUUGAACUUCUGAGUAUUGUAAUAUGUAAAGUCAACCCAGAAAAAAAAUUUAAACUUGAUCACCCAAAUAUUUACCAUUAUAUGUUAAAACAAAAUAAAUCACCAUUUUGUAGAAAAUAAAACCCUACAUGAGUGUGGCUA